AUGUCUUUUCGCAAUCGACCUCCCUCGUCCAUGGCACAGCGACGAUCGAUGAAGGGCAAGAUUGGUGGGUACCUGAAACGGACCACGAUGGCUUCAUUGGCAACACUGGCCGAGCAGUUUGGAAACAUGCGACCCUAUAUUCGAGCGUCAGCAAGAUCCAGCGCAAGUCGAGAGGCAACGUUUCCAUUACCAAAAGAAUCAUCCACCACCACCAACACCAACGACAGAUCCAGUAUGAGUUGUACAACCAUCACCACUCCCAUUGAUGAAGGAUUCCAUCAGACACAACAAAAAGUCGCAGCUAUGGAUUCAUGGAUAGUGUGUGAUACAACAACAAAAACGAAAAUAGACCUCUUGAGCCGGAUGCCCGUCGAGAUACUACGAUCCAUCAUCCAAUGUUGCGAUUACAAGACCGUAUUGACAUUGAGCCUGGUGUCUUGGCAUUGGUAUCAUCUUUCAGUGGAUAAUGCGAUAUGGCGACAAUUGUAUUUGGGACACCCAGAAUGGAUUCCACAGCAACAAAUCACCACGUCAUCAUCAUCAUCAUCAUCGUCGCCUUGGAAACGACAUGAUCCCAGUGUGGAUUAUCGACAUGUAUACAACCAACGAUUUCAACUGGAACGACGAUGGGUCACAGGGGAUAAGCGGAUGUUGACAAUCCUUGGUCAUGCUGACAGCAUUUACUGCGUACAAUUUGAUGCACAAAAGAUCGUUACCGGCAGCCGUGAUCAUACUAUCAAAUGCUGGGAUAUGCAAGGUCGUUGUGUACGCACAUUGGUUGGUCAUACUGCAAGCGUAUUGUGCCUCCAAUAUGAUACCCAUUGCAUGGUGUCUGGAUCAUCCGAUCAUUCGGUUCUUGUUUGGGACAUGCAUACUUUUCGCCCUAUCCAACGCUUACUUGGUCAUACUUCAGGUGUUCUUGAUGUUGCAUUGGAUGAUUCAAUCAUUGCGAGUUGUUCAAAAGAUACCACCAUUCGUCUUUGGAGUCGUCAAGAGACUCGCCAUUUACGUACACUUCUUGGCCAUCGUGGGCCGGUGAAUGCUAUUCAAUUCCGUGGAUCGCGCCUUGUUUCAGCUUCAGGUGAUGCUGUCAUCAAACUUUGGGAUAUGAACACUGGUCAAUGUUUGCGGGACUUUGUGGGUCAUACACGUGGACUUGCAUGUAUUCGAUUCGAUGGGAAACGUAUCGUCAGUGGAAGCAAUGAUUUCAAAAUCAAAGUAUGGGACGCAGAAACGGGUCAAUGCUUGCAAACUUUGACAGGCCAUACCGGAUUAGUGCGUGCUUUGCAUUUCGAUCAAGAUAGGGUUGUCAGCGGUAGUUACGACCAAAGCAUCCGAGUUUGGGAUAUAAAUACUGGAGCAUUAUUGCAUCACUUUGAAGAUUGUCAUUCGAGCUGGGUGUUUGAUGUCACUUUUGAUAAAACCAAGAUUAUCAGCACAAGCCAAGACCAAAAGAUACUCAUCAUGGAUUUUGCAUACAAUCUUGAUACCCGCCACAUUAUUUGA